AUGGACACAGUCCCUCCUGAAACCUGUGUGACUUAUUUUGUGCCAAAAUUUGUAAUAACAGAAUUUUUCCUCCUGGCUGCCAUGUCCUAUGACCGCUACGUGGCCAUCUGCAAGCCCUUGCAUUAUGUGACCAUCAUGAGCAGAGGAGUCUGUAGGAUUCUCAUUAUCUGUUGUUGGAUGUCUGGUUUAUGUGUAAUCAUUCCACCACUUAUCCUGGUUUUAAAUCUGGAAUUUUGUGACUCUAACGUACUUGACCACUUUAUUUGUGAUGCAUUUCCUAUUGUGAAAAUCUCGUGUUCAGACACAUGGAUUGUGGAACAGACAGUUAAUAUCUGUGCCGUGUUGACCCUAAAUAUUACUCUUACUUGUGUAGUUAUGUCAUAUGGUAACAUCAUCAGAACCAUAUUCAGAUUCCCCUCUGCUCAGCAAAGGAAAAAAGCCUUUUCAACCUGUUCUUCCCACAUGAUUGUGGUUUCCAUCACCUAUGGCACCUGUAUUUUUAUCUACAUGAAUCCUAAAGCAAAGGAAGAAGUGACUGUCAAUAAAAUGGUUUCACUGCUUAUUUCUUCUGUUUCACCUACAUUGAACCCAUUUAUCUAUACUCUCAGGAACAAUCAAGUUAAGAAAGCUUUUAGGGACUCAUUUAAAAGACUUUUAUUGAUCUCUGCAAAGUAA